AUGAACAUUCUGGAAUGGGCGUUCGGCAAGCGAAUGACGCCAGCGGAGCGUCUACGCAAGAACCAGCGCAUGCUUGAUAAGGCGAUCAGAGAAUUGGAUCAGGUCCGAACCAAGUUGGAGAAGCAGGAGAAGCAGUUGAUUACCCAGAUCAAGCAAAGCGCUCAGAAGGGACAGAUGGGCGCCUGCAAGAUCCAAGCCAAGGAUUUGACAUACCGCACCAACGAACAAAUGAUGACGGCCAUGAAGGGCGCAACCCAAGCUCUCGGCACCAUGAACCGAUCGAUGAACCUUCCCGCUCUUCAACGCAUCGCAAUGGAGUUCGAGCGCGAGAACGACAUUAUGGAUCAGAGACAGGAGAUGAUGGAUGACGUUAUGGAUGAUGCCAUGGAUGUUGGUGCCGAGGAGGAAGGCGAGGAAGUUGUCGAGCAAGUCCUGGAAGAAAUCGGAGUUGACUUGACAUCAGCGCUGGGCGAAACACCAUCUGGGAUGCAAACCACGGCCGUACCCGAAGGCAGAAUUGCCCAGGCAGUUGGAGGAGGUGGAGGCGGAGGUGCGGAUCCCGGCGACGACGACCUUCAGGCCCGCCUCGACAGUCUUCGGCGGUAG